AUGCAGAUCAUGGGCACAGUCGAUGCCUUGGGUGCCUCUGACUUGACCGCGCGCUGGCUACAACGCUUCUGGCCACUCCUGCAUGAGCCUCUCGCAGCUGUUCAGCUCACCUUCGGCACAUUUGCCAGCAGCCAUCGUGCUGCUGCGAAGUACUGCUUGAUGAGGGGAGUGCAGGCAGGCUUGACUGCUGGCCUCCCACUCGCAGGACGUCUCCUUCCCUACAUGUUCUUCGAUGUCCAGACCUAUUCGGAGGCAGUUGCGUGGCGGGCCGCAUCCACAUCCGCUGCGGUUGUUGCAGAUUGUUGGUGA